ACCAGUUACCAGUUACCACCCCCUCUCUCCCAUCUUUCUCACUGUCUUCCCAUCUUUUAUAUAAACCACCACGACCACGAGUAGCGGCACCAGUGAGUAGUAGCCAACCUUGGUCUCCACUUCCUGCUGCCAAGUGCCAACGCGAGUCCGUCCCUCUUCUCCUCCGCAUCCAAAGAAACCAGACCACAAGACAUCGAGAGAACAAACAGUUGCGGCCUUGCUGGCACGGGGAUAGAUCUUCUCCACUCCAAUGGCGGGCUUCUCACGGCCGAACAACUCGCUCCUCCUCAAGAUGCCUGCGACUUUGGCCAGUAGCCACACCCCGAACCUCUCAAGCCUCCUGUUCUACGACCAGAACCAUGGCCAAGCUGUAAAUGCAAAUGCAGCAGCGAUGAUGGUGGAGGACGACGCCUCACUUCAGAGCUCAUCUGCAGUGGUCGACACCUCCCCGCAGCCACAGGGCAGUGCUGCUGCUGCGUCUCCGAUGGAGAGGAAGAGGAAGCCUGCAGAAGACAGUGCUACACUCAGCUCUGCUCAAUCCAAGGAGGAUUGCAAGCAGCAGCAGGAGAGCAAGAGCAGGCGGGGAAAGAGGCCCCACAACAAGGAGGCUAAUACUGAGGAGAAGAGCGCUACUGAAGACGAGGCCACCAGGGGGUACAUCCAUGUGAGGGCGAGGAGGGGUCAGGCAACGGACAGCCACAGCCUUGCAGAGAGGGUGAGGAGAGAGAGGAUCAGUGAGAGGAUGAGGAUGCUGCAAGCACUGGUCCCUGGUUGUGACAAGGUUACUGGAAAGGCCCUGAUUCUGGAUGAGAUUAUCAACUAUGUGCAGUCCCUGCAGAACCAAGUUGAGUUCCUUUCCAUGAGGAUUGCCUCCAUGAGCCCAGUGCUAUAUGGGUUCGGACUGGAUAGUGAUGGCCUCCAUGACCACGCACAAAUGGGAGUCAUGUUCCAGGAAGCCCUUGCAAUGGCAGGUCCAGUGCUGAGCCAAGCCAGCCCAGCAGCUCCAUCUGAAGCCAUCAUGGACACCACCACACCUUACUCACUGCAUGGCCAUGGCCAGGGUUCCAUCUCUUUUUCCCAGGACAAUGGCAGCAGCACUUACCUGAUGCAGCAUCAGCAAGCAGCGGGGGAGCCAACAAGGCAGCAGGAGCUGCUCAGCCAGUUGGUGUUCAACAACAUGUGCUCUUUCCAGUAGGGGUGGGGAGCAUUUGGGUGAGAGGAAGCGAGGAAUGGACCCCACAUUGACAAUAGGAAGGAAAUAAUGCUGCGAGAUUUGGUAGGAGCAUGCACGUACCAGAUGAGUUUGAGAUGUUGGAUCUAGUCCAUCCCCUUGUCUGGAUUUGGAGAGAGCAGUAGCAAGUAGAUCGAGCCUGCUGUUUGUUUACACAUUUUGAGAGACUUUGUAGUAUUUGUAACUCCUUUAUUGGGCAUUGUCCAUGAGGAUUUUCUCAGCGGCUGCACCUUCCAUCUCACCGUGUUGUUGUAGUUCUUGAGCAAUCGGUUGUUAGUACAUACGAGAGCUAUUUUGUUCUUUGCCAAACAGUGAUUGACUGUUCCAUCCAUUCAGUCUUGUCUAGCUCCAAGCAUCUGCAAAUCGCUACGUUGUUUUCUUUAACCCAAGAAUCGAACAAAGUGAGUGCAUGCAUGGUA